GUGUGCACUGUGCAGUGAGCAUAUUGACUUAUCUUCUCUCUACAGGGCUGCUGGCUGUGAGGUUGAAUUUAAGCUUGAACCAUCAAGCAGUUUAAUUCACGCAGAUUCUUUCAAUUUGUCCUUUAGUUACACCUGCUGCGAGAAGAAUGUCUAUCCUGAAAAUACAUGCCCGUGAGAUUUUUGAUUCUAGGGGUAAUCCCACUGUGGAGGUGGACCUCUACACAGAAAAAGGUCUGUUUCGAGCUGCUGUCCCAAGUGGGGCAUCUACUGGAAUCUAUGAAGCUUUAGAGCUAAGAGACGAUGAUAAAUCCCGUUACCUGGGCAAAGGUGUAUCAAAGGCUGUUGAGCAUGUGAAUCAAACUAUUGCACCUGCACUGAUCAGCCAGGGUAUAACUGUAGUUGAGCAAGAGAAGAUUGACCAGUUCAUGCUGGAAUUGGAUGGGACUGAAAACAAGUCUAAAUUUGGAGCAAAUGCCAUCCUGGGUGUUUCCCUCGCUGUGUGCAAGGCUGGAGCGGCAGAAAAAGGUGUUCCUCUCUAUCGCCACAUCGCUGACCUUGCUGGAAACCCAGAGGUCAUCCUGCCUGUCCCGGCCUUUAAUGUGAUCAAUGGUGGCUCACAUGCAGGCAAUAAGUUGGCCAUGCAAGAAUUUAUGAUACUUCCUGUUGGGGCUAGUAGCUUUAAGGAGGCCAUGCGCAUCGGGGCAGAGGUGUACCAUAAUCUGAAGAACGUUAUUAAGGAAAAGUAUGGUAAGGAUGCCACCAAUGUUGGGGAUGAGGGAGGAUUUGCACCCAACAUCCUGGAGAAUAAGGAAGCCUUGGAGCUGUUGAAGAAUGCCAUCAGUAAAGCUGGAUACACAAAUGAGAUUGUGAUUGGCAUGGACGUGGCAGCGUCAGAGUUCUAUCGUGAUGGAAAGUAUGACCUGGACUUUAAGUCUCCUGAUGACCCCAGCCGUUAUAUCAGCCCUGAUGAACUGGCUGACCUCUACAAAAGUUUUAUUCAGGACUACCCAGUGGUCUCCAUUGAGGACCCCUUUGACCAGGAUGACUGGGAGGCCUGGACAAAUUUUACUAACAGCACAAACAUCCAGGUGGUGGGAGAUGAUCUCACAGUUACCAACCCUAAACGCAUUGCUACAGCAGUGGAGAGCAAGGCCUGCAACUGCCUGUUGCUUAAAGUCAACCAGAUUGGUAGUGUUACUGAAUCCCUGCAGGCAUGUAAGAUGGCUCAGUCCAGUGGUUGGGGUGUAAUGGUGAGUCAUCGCUCGGGAGAAACAGAGGACACCUUCAUUGCUGACCUAGUUGUGGGACUUUGCACUGGCCAGAUUAAAACAGGAGCCACUUGUCGCUCUGAGCGCUUGGCAAAGUACAACCAGAUCCUCAGAAUUGAAGAGGAACUGGGAGAUAAAGCUCGCUUUGCUGGGAAAAACUUCAGAAACCCAUUGAACUGAAACUAUAAGUAUAUGGUCUUAGUUACAUCUAGGACCACCUAAUCUUCCAUAGUAAAUGUGACAGUAUAUCAACAGAAGUCAGUAUGUGUUAUGUUGAAAUGCAAUUUUUUGGGCUAUUACUGUAAGAAUUACAUCCGACAUCAAAGUACCAGAAACAGUUAUUAAGUGUUUUUGACUCUACUUAUUUGUUUGAGUGUUGUAUACUUGACUGUUAGGAGUUGUAAAGAAUAAGGAAACAGUAUUUUCCAGUAUAUGCUGCUUGGCAGAUUCCAGAGGUCUUUGCUUAUAAUAGUGUUUACAGUUACAAUAAAAAUGUUGUUAAUACAACUAAUAAUAAAUGUAUACCAUUAAACCACUG